AUGACAAAGUCAAGAUUCAAAGUCACAGUAGUUGGCCAAAGUAAUGUUGGUAAAACUUCUUUGAUAAUAAUGCUUGUUUCCAAUCAUUUUGUUGUAAUAUAUGAUCCGGGAAUAGAAGACAUAUAUUUUGAAAGAUUUAAAAUUGAUUCUGAGAUGUAUGAAAUGGAUAUAAUCGAUACAUAUGGUACUAAUGAUGAUGAACUUAAUUAUUUCAAAUAUCAUAUUAUGGAGAGUGACGGUUUUGUAGUUCAAUAUUCAAUCACUUCAAAAGAGUCGUUUAACGAUGUUCCAAAUUCAAUUAACACAAUUAUGAUGUACAAACAAAUUGAUGACAUUUCGAAAAUACCUGUAGUAAUUGUGGGUAAUAAAACAGACCUUGAAAAAGACAGAGCAGUGUCGACCGAUGACGGACAAAAUCUUGCUGAAAAAUACAAUAGUCCCUUUAUUGAAAUUUCGGUAAAAAUGAAAAUUGGUGUAAGAGAUGUGUUUGAAAAGUUGUUGGAAAUAAUGAUAUUUCGAGAGAACAAAAAUCGUAAAACUGGUGAAAUGAAACAGAAUAAAGACAAAUUGAAUACAAUGAACACUGAAAAGAAUAAGAAAACGUGUCUGUUGUUAUAA